AUGGCUUCUAUCCAGGAGGCUAUAGCUAACCUUGGUCAGAGGAUAGAUGGACAGCAGACCCAACAGGUCCCAGUUCAGGAGAAUGCCCAGUUUGAUACCACAAUCGAGGUUACCUUGCCUCCUGUCACAUCGCCUAUCCCAACUUUAGAGGACCCACAUACACGUAUGGAUAGACUUGAGCAGAAGUUGAGACAGAUCAGGGCUUCAGACAGAGUUGUUACUUGGGAGGAUUUUGAUGGAGCACCAGUGGCUAGUUUGCCGACCAAGUUCAGGAUGCCCGAGAUUGAGAGAUAUACGGGCAUAGGAUGUCCUCGCAUCCAUUUGAGGCUCUAUAGUACAGUUAUGAGGGCUCACGGACUGGAUGAAGCCCAAAUAGUUAUGCUUUUCCCUAUGUCCCUGAGUGGUGCGGUACAGCGUUGGUUCGCUUCAUUGGAUGCAUCAUGCCGUAGGACUUGGGAUGACUUGGCCCAGGAGUUUUUGAGACAGUUUGCAUUUAACACUGUCAUUGAUGUUUCGAAGAGAGAGUUAGAGGCUUUGAGACAGAGGCUAGAGGAGUCAGUCACUUCAUUUAUCUCUCGCUGGAGUGAGAAGAUUUCACAGAUUAUUGAUCGUCCUUCAGAGAAGGAUCAGAUUAGCAUGAUCAUGAAGAGCUUGCAGCCUAGAUUUGCUAGACACUUGAUGGGAUUUCCUCAUACAGAUUUCAGAUCUUUGGUACAGGCUUUAUAUGGUAUAAAGGAAGGCAUUGCUAGAGGAUUGUGGCCCGAGUCUUCCCCUACUGAUUCUAAGGGGAAGAAGCCUUCGGGAGGACAUAGAUCAAGAGAUAUUAGUGCCAUCAGUUCAGCAGGGAUGAGACCUCCUAGACACUAUCAGACAGUUGGGCAGACUUCUGGAUUCUAUUAUCCACUAUCACCCCAUGUGCAGUAUAGGCCACCGGUUCCCUCCAGACCCAUGACUCCUACUUACCUACAUCCAGUCUCACAACCUGUUUUUGCUGCACAUGUCACAGAGAGACCUCCUGCACCAUACACCCGACCCCGAGCUCCGCAGACCACCACAUAUGUGCAGAGACCAUCACGUCAGUUUGCUCAGUUGGGACAUGACAGGGAUCACUGCAACGCUUUGAGACAUGCUAUUCAGGAUUUGAUAGACCAAGGUUUGGUUAACUUGAGGCAGCCAAGUGUGACCACUAACCCUCUUCCUGCCCAUUCUAUACAUGCAGUACCUCCAUCACCCGGAGAUAUUCAUCACAUAGACCUUAUAGAGGAUGACAUUAUACAUAUGUUGAGUUGGGAUGAUGGAUUACCCGAGCCGAUCGUUUUGCAUGAUAGUUAUGAGGUUGAUGGGGUUUCAUUGGGUCCUCAGGCCCCUACACCAUUCAGUUUGAUCCCAGACGAGGCACCAUUCCAGUUGACUCAUCCCACGCCCUUGAUUAUUGGAUGUCAGAAUACUUUUGUCCCGUUCACUUUAUGA